AGUUAUCGGCAGGGAUACCAGAUGAGCAGAUUUGUCUGUUCAACGCAGAUUUUCAGAGUUCGUGUGCAGAUUUUUAUUGAUUCGCAGAUAUUUGCCGAUUUUCAAUAGUUUCUGCUGAUUUUUUCUCAUAAUUUCCUUAUAUUUGCGCAGACUUUCUCAAAAUGUGUGCAGAUUUUUGAAGACUUGGUGAGCAAUUUUUUUCAACUUUUUUAAAAAUUUCAAGCAGAUUCUUCCUGUUCGAGCAGUUGAAGAUAUUUUAUAAAAGCAUAUGGCAUCUCUGGAUAACGGAUGACAUUUGGAUUGAUGGAAUUGAAUAACAAGACAAUAUUCACGCUACAUGUUUCUGGUAGAUUGAGGAAUUUGAAUUUAAAAAUUUCAAAAACGUCAGGUUAUUCACUAGUAAAGUAGCUACCAAACUCAGUCACAAUGUUAUUUAUAAAGAGAGUGGUAAUUUCCCGGUUUCAAGUUCAUAAUCGGCCUUUUUCUUUGGCAUUUACUGAGAAAAAAAGUAAAACAACACCAUCCUUCAAACCGAGCGAAGAUCUACAUGAAGAUCCUAAGAGCGAAAUAAAAAUUAAUACAAAACCAGCUCAUCAGCGUUUAGACAAACGGGAGCCGUUUAUGAAAAAUAUGUUCAUUGGUAAAGUAGAUACAGAUCUGCUAGUAUAUCCAGAAUCGCUAAAUCGCGAUGAGCAAUCUCGACUUAUAUCGGAGCGUAAAAAUCUGGAGAAAUCAAUACACAGUCUGACCAAAGAUUCGCAUCACCAAAAUAAAGAAAUUUUUGGAUUGCGGUCCCCGCUUCAUUUGGGUGGAAAGCAACUCAUUGAAACAGAGUUAGCAUAUUUCAAUGAACUAAUAUCUGCAGACAUUACCACUGCUAUAGUGUCAGGGCAACAUAACGCCGUUGUAGAGAUAUUGAAUAAAUUCGCUUCUGACCGGUUGAAAUCCAAAUGCCUGGAGGAUUUAAGCAGUGGUAGCAAAAUAGCCACUUUUGCCUUGUUCGAAGAGGAAGCUCCUAAUAAUACUAUGUUCAGUACACUAGCAAAUCCAACUGGAAAUGGAUGGCUUCUCAAUGGAAGUAAAUCGUUUAUAAUUAACGGUGACAAGUCUAGUUAUUUGUUGGUACUGGCUUCAACCAAAACAGUGGAAUUAAUGAACAAUCAGGAUACAACAAUAACUGCCUUCCUAGUAGAUGUAAACGCCACUGGAGUUCACCAAUGUAGUACCGAUGAGACACUUGGAUUAAGUUCCAUUAAACAAACCACGUUUAAAUUUGAAAACGUAGAGCUUAGUACAGACGAUAUUAUCGGAAUGGAAGGAAGUGGAGCUCAAGUGUUAGUAGAACUUCUGAAGACAACCCGUAUUCAAACGAGUGUGCUAGGUGUUCAAAUAAUGAAACAAAUUUUUAACCAAAUCACUAAACAUUGUAUCGAAACAAAAACAGGUGCUGGAUACGUAUUAGACAUUGAAAACGUCCGGGAGGAGGUGUCGCGUUCAUUGUGCUCUAUUUAUGCUGCGGAAAGUAUGAUAUACCUAACAACUGGAUUACUCGACGAUUUUGUUUGCCAAGAUGCUGAAAUGGAAGUUGCUUUAACCAAAAUCUUCACAAAUGAGAGACUUUUACAAUUGGCGUUAGUGCCUUUACGAUUUAUUGGUCCACAUGUCUUAGUGAAGAGGAACAGUUUUGAGCCAAUGAUACGUGAUGCAAUGCAGCUCUUCGGUCAUGGUGAAACGAUGGAUUCCGUAAAGUAUUUUGUUUCGUUAUCGGGAAUGCAACAUGCUGGGAUGUCCACUUAUGAAACAAUAAAAAAGGACAGGAACCCAGCCAUGAAUCCAUCCCACGUACUGUCAAAACUUUUCGAGAAAAACACAAUCGAGACACCGAAAAAAAUCGUUAACAUGGAACAUUAUUUCCACCCGUCACUAGAGCCAGCUGCGAAUCGCAUCGAACUUUCUAUCAUGAGAUUGAAACUAGCUACUGAGUGUACUCUAUCUAGGCAUGGUCUUGAAGUAAUUAACCGACACAUCGAGCUGGUACGCUUAGCCGAUAUUGCAGUUCUUAUUUACGCAAUGCUAGCUGCGACCAGUCGGGCAUCUCGAUCGUACUGUAUAGGGUUAGCUCAUGGAGACCAGGAAGUUCACCUAGCAAACACGUUCAGCCACGAAGCCAGCGAGACCGUGCUGCGACUUGCUAGGAAUCUUGAAGCGGGACAGUUUAUCACAAACGACUCGAAUUAUGAUGCCAUGGCACGUUAUUUGUUUCGCCAAAAGCAGUACUUUUUCGAACAUCCGUUAAAUAAAAAUUUCUAAUUGUAAUAUAAUAACCUCUGGCUUGGAAUAUUUUGGAGCAUCCAAAAAAUAGCAAACCAGUUUUAUGAAUUCGGGUUUAAUUAUUCGCUUUUUUCGAACUGAUGUAUGAUAGAAAGAAAAACUUUUUUAAUUUAAAGUGAUUAGUUUGGAAGUUAUAACUGCAUCGGCCAUUAGUAGGCUAUUACCAAAUAGCUCAUUGAUACUUAUGACGAACUUUUCGUUUAAUUCCAUACAAUAAUAGAUCAACUAACUAUGCUAAAACUUUGGGAUUAUUUCGAUUUUGAUUCUCGCAAUUUUUCACAUAAUCCGGGAAAGGAUAUCAAUUUGUAGUGCAUUUCAACUGAAGAUUUACUAGCCAGCAGAAAGUUUUGGGAAAUUGAAUACAAAACAAGAAAUCCACAAAAACGUCCAGAACUCCGGAGAAAUAACGAAAUUUCUACAUGAUUAUAUUUUGAUGUUUUACAGAAGUCGACUAGAGACUAGACUCGACCAUGUAAUUCAAAGGAAACAAAUUAGGGAUGGGUUCUUAGAAAAGUGUGACCAAACGAGCGCUGCGGCUCACGUAAAUAAAGCACAAUUCUUUGAGUGCACCAAAACUGGGGUGACAAAGCCCCGAAGGCAGGUGUCCAGCAAAAGUUCCAUAUACUUUUCACUUUAGUCGGGAAGACUCUUCACUCAUUCAACAUAGAAAGAGAUAGCAUGUUGCCAUCCCCCUGUGCGCGAUGUCACCCUUGGUUCGCCCAAACCAAGGGGAUGGCAGCUCUUUCUAAACUCUACACGUUUGACAGUAGGCAACAUAUCGGGGCUUUAUUUAAAAACAAAGCCCCGAGGCAGGCGCCCAACAAAAUUUCUCCAUACACUUAUCACUAGUGAACCUGUAUGUUAGAGAAUCGCCGAGACACUCACCGUUAAGGCAACUGUCAACAUCAAAACGGAUAACGACAAUGCAAAAUUAUACAGCUCGCCUGUUUUGAUGUUGACAGUUGCAUUAACGGUGAGUGUCAUGGCGACUCUCUUAUGUAUAAACUACCUAAUCAGCACCUUCGUAGUCCCGAAUUCCGGUAUAUUAGAAUCGAGUUAAUGAAUACCCAUUAUUUAUAUUGUUAUUCUAUUUAUAAGUCUCUAGAUUAUUACAGAUUUGAAAAUCGAUAUUUUUUAUAAAUAAAUAAGUUGUUUUAUAUGCAACCGAACGUA